AUGUCCCGGCACCACAGCCGCUUCGAAAGAGACUUCCGGGUGGGCUGGGACCGCCGCGAGUGGAGUGCCAACGGGACGCAUGGGACCACCAGCACCUGCAGCGCCACCGCCGGGGCCGGCGGCGCCGCCAGCAGCCUCAGCGCCCGGCCCGGCCUCCUGCCGCUGCCGGCGGUGCCCUCCCGGCUGCCCACGCCCGCCACGGCCCCCGCGCCCUGCACCACGGGCAGCGGCGAGGCCAUCACCAGCCUCGUGGCCAGCUCUGCCUCUGCCGCCACCACCAAGGCGUCCGGCAUCUCCAAAGCCGAUGGCCAGUCCCAGGGACUCACAACCAGCAUCCGGUGGGGGCAGACGCCCAUCAACCAGGCCACGCCCUGGGACACCGACGAGCCGCCCUCCAAACAGAUGAGGGAGAGCGACAAUCCAGGCACAGGGCCAUGGGUGACCACGGUGGCCGCGGGGAGCCAGCCCGCCCUGAUCGCACACUCCUACGGAGUGGCCCAGCCUCCCACCUUCAGCCCGGCCGCGAACGUCCAGGCCCCGGUCAUCGGGGUGACCCCCUCGCUGCCUCCGCACGUGGGGCCCCAGCUCCCGCUGAUGCCGGGCCACUACUCGCUGCCGCAGCCGCCCUCCCAGCCACUGAGCAGCGUGGUGGUCAACAUGCCCGCCCAGGCCCUGUACGCCAGCCCGCAGCCCCUGGCCGUCUCCGCACUGCCUGGCGUGGGGCAGGUGGCCCGCCCGGGACCCUCGGCGGUGGGCAACGGUCACAUGGCGGGGCCCCUGCUGCCUCCACCGCUGCCAGCCCAGCCGUCGGCCGCUCGCCCCAGCGGCGCCCCCGCCACCAACGGGCCCCCCACGACCGACGCCGCCCACGGGCUGCAGACGCUGCGGGCCAUCGGUGUGGGGAAGUAUGAGUUCACCGACCCCGGGCACCCCAAAGAAAUGUUGAAGGAAUUGAACCAGCAGCGCAGAGCGAAAGCCUUUACAGACCUGAAAAUUGUUGUUGAAGGCAGAGAGUUUGAAGUCCACCAAAAUGUUCUAGCUUCCUGCAGCUUGUAUUUCAAGGACCUGAUUCAAAGGUCGGUGCAAGACGGCGGCCAGGGCGGCCGGGAGAAGCUGGAGCUCGUCCUGUCCAACCUGCAGGCGGACGUCCUGGAGCUGCUGCUGGAGUUUGUGUACACGGGCUCCCUGGUCAUCGACGCAGCCAACGCCAAGACGCUGCUGGAGGCGGCCAGCAAGUUCCAGUUCCACACCUUCUGCAGGGUCUGCGUGUCCUUCCUGGAGAAGCAGCUGACGGCCAGCAACUGCCUGGGGGUGCUGGCCAUGGCGGAGGCCAUGCAAUGCAGCGAGCUCUACCACAUGGCCAAGGCCUUCGCGCUGCAGAUCUUCCCCGAGGUGGCGGCCCAGGAGGAGAUCCUGGGCAUCGCCAAGGACGACUUCAUCGCCUACAUCUCCAACGACAGCCUCAACACCAAGGCCGAGGAGCUGGUGUACGAGACGGUCAUCAAGUGGAUCAAGAAGGACCCCGCGUCCCGGGCACAGUACGCAGCGGAGCUCCUGGCCGUGGUGCGCCUGCCCUUCAUCCACCCCAGCUACCUGCUCAACGUGGUGGACAACGAGGAGCUCAUCAAGUCCUCGGAGGCCUGCCGGGACCUGGUCAACGAGGCCAAGCGCUACCACAUGCUCCCCCACGCCCGCCAGGAGAUGCAGACGCCCCGGACCCGGCCGCGCCUCUCCGCAGGCGUGGCUGAGGUCAUCGUGUUGGUCGGGGGCCGGCAGAUGGUGGGGAUGACCCAGCGCUCCCUGGUGGCCGUCACCUGCUGGAACCCGCAGAACAACAAGUGGUACCCCCUGGCCUCCCUGCCUUUCUACGACCGCGAGUUCUUCAGCGUCGUGAGCGCGGGGGACAACAUCUACCUCUCAGGUGGGAUGGAGUCCGGGGUGACGCUGGCCGACGUCUGGUGCUACAUGUCCCUGCUGGACAACUGGAACCUCGUCUCCAGAAUGACCGUCCCCCGCUGCCGGCACAACAGCCUGGUCUACGACGGGAAGAUCUACACCCUCGGGGGCCUGGGCGUGGCCGGCAACGUGGACCACGUGGAGAGGUAUGACACCAUCACCAACCAGUGGGAGGCCGUGGCCCCGCUGCCCAAGGCCGUGCACUCCGCGGCGGCCACCGUGUGCGGCGGCAAGGUCUACGUGUUCGGGGGCGUGAACGAGGCGGGCCGGGCGGCGGGCGUCCUCCAGUCCUACGUCCCGCAGACCAACUCGUGGAGCUUCAUCGAGUCCCCGAUGAUCGACAACAAGUACGCGCCUGCCGUCACCCUCAACGGCCUCGUGUUCAUCCUGGGCGGGGCCUACGCCAGGGCCACCACCAUCUACGACCCCGAGAAGGGGAACAUCAAGGCGGGCCCCAACAUGAACCACUCCCGCCAGUUCUGCAGCGCCGUGGUGCUGGACGGCAAGAUCUACGCGACGGGGGGCAUCGUGAGCAGCGAGGGGCCGGCGCUGGGCAACAUGGAGGCCUACGAGCCCGCCACCAACUCCUGGACGCUCCUCCCGCACAUGCCCUGCCCCGUGUUCAGGCACGGCUGCGUGGUGAUCAAGAAGUACAUCCAGAGCGGCUGA